AAAUGGCUGCCCCUAUGGAGGAUCUUUGCUGGACGAUGAUGAAGUUUGCUUGGGAUAACUACAAGCAAUACGCUUUGGGGAAAAAUGAACUCAGGCCUCUCACGAAGAAUGGACAUAUUGGGAACAUGUUUGGAGGUCUCCGGGGAGCAACUGUGGUGGAUGCCUUAGAUACUCUGUAUGUCAUGGAGCUGCACGAAGAAUUCCAAGAAGCCAAAGACUGGGUGGAGGAGAGCUUUGACUUGAAUGUGAACGGUGAAGCGUCUUUGUUUGAGGUGAACAUCCGCUACGUCGGAGGGCUCCUGGCCGCCUAUUACCUAACUGGCGAAGAGGUUUGUUUUUCAAAUGCAACAACAAUGGGAUUAAAGGCUUUUCCCGCCUUCAACACGCCGACGGGUAUCCCGAGGGGGGUCAUAAACCUGGGCAGUGGGAUGAGCUGGAGCUGGGGGUGGGCAUCUGCAGGAAGCAGCAUUUUAGCCGAAUUUGGCAGCCUUCACUUAGAAUUUCUGCACCUCUCAGCGCUCUCUGGAAAUCCUGUGUAUACUGACAAGGUGAUGAACAUCCGCAAAGUCUUGAACAGAAUCGAGAAACCACAGGGGCUUUAUCCAAACUUUCUCAGUCCAGUAACUGGGAAUUGGGUGCAGCAUCAUGUUUCCAUUGGUGGCCUCGGGGAUAGUUUUUAUGAAUACCUGAUCAAGUCAUGGCUGAUGUCAGACAAGAAGGAUGCUGAAGCCAAACUCAUGUAUGACAAUGCACUAGAGGCUAUAGAGAAGCACCUUGUGAAAAAGUCAGCCGGUGGACUGACCUAUAUUGCAGAGUGGCGAGGAGGCAUCUUGGAUCACAAGAUGGGCCAUCUGGCCUGUUUCUCGGGCGGCAUGAUCGCUCUCGGAGCAGAGCACGCAGCAGAAGAGCAGAAGCAUCACUACAUGGAAUUAGCGGCUGAAAUAACAAACACUUGCCAUGAGUCUUACACCCGCUCAGAAACCAAGCUAGGCCCAGAAGCAUUUCGCUUUGAUUCCGGCAUCGAAGCUACCGCCACCCGACUGAGUGAUCGCUAUUACAUUCUGCGCCCUGAAGUCGUCGAAAGUUACCUGUACUUGUGGAGGCUGACGCAUGAUCCCAAAUACAGGCAGUGGGGCUGGGAAGCUGUGCAGGCUCUUGAGAAAAACUGUCGUGUAGAAGGGGGUUUCUCUGGGAUCCGGGAUGUUUAUUCCAUCAACCCAGCUCAUGACAACAUGCAACAGAGCUUUUUCCUGGCUGAGACGUUAAAGUAUCUCUAUCUUCUCUUCUGUGAAGAUGACGUACUGUCUCUUGAGGACUGGGUCUUCAACACGGAAGCUCACCCACUGCCCGUGAACCGCACCGGCUCCCUCCUGAAAGCAAACAUGCAGUAGUGGGUCCUCUUGUUCCCUUUCAGCUUCUGUGGUGGGACAUGGAGAGCAACGUGCUCUUUUUUUCCCUUCUCCUCCUUUCCAAUAAAGGAGUAUGUACGUUCCCAGAAAGGUAUUCUGGGGGCCUUCGUCCAAUUCCGGACCGUAUUAUAUCAAGGAGUAUAAAAACUGUGAAACAAUUACCUUUGUGGUUUUCUUCUUCCUCCGUGAGGAAAUGUAUAACCCUGAAAAUGAGAUUUGAUUGUGGGCCAUAAUACAUACAAAAUCACAGACGUUACUUUCUACAGAGAAUUUCUAUGGGACCCAUUGACUUGGUUUUCACAUGGCCAAAGGAACAGGAGCUUGCCAUAAAACAGACAUUGGUUUGUGCCACUUGUUUCCCCCCUCUUUUUUAUAUGCAGUUGAUUUUUAUUAGCUUUCUAAUUUACACUCUCCCAAGAUUACAUGCAUCCUGAAAUGGUCUUGUCAUAACUGAUCAGCAAAUCUCUGCAGAAUUCUGAAUGCCAAGCCGUUGUUUUCCUCUCUUUCUCUCUCUCUCUCUUUCCCUUUUGUUUUUUAAUCCCUCCAUGCUCUUAAAAGAUGUUUACUGAAUGUUGCAUCACAUGUAUUUCUUUGCUUUCUACAGUUUGAAGCUUUUUCUGAUCUUCUGUUUUCGUUUUAGUUUCUCUUCUCGUUUGGAGCUAGCUAGUACAAGGCACUUGACAUGAUUUCCUUUCUGUCAUACUCAGAGAUGUAAAAUAGAAUAAAAAUUCCAUCAGAUAAGA